CCUCUCCUCUCCACCACCAAAUCGAGAACAAUCGGAUUCACUGGAACGAUGGCCCAUCUUCCACUCAGUCGUGCUCUUCGGACCAGCAAGAACUUGCUCACCAGUAACAUCUCUCGACGGGCCUAUGCCUCGGCCUCCCCUCAACUCAUUUCGCCCACCAACGAAAUCUCUGUCCCCCCUCAGAGGACCGCCUACGAGUAUAAACCCCUCGACGAGCCCGACCCUCAAUUGGACGGCCUGGGGUACCCUCGAGUCGAAUCUCUCUCUCGACAGUGGAGGAACCCUUAUGCCAAAUGGGACGACCCUCAAGAGAGAUGUAACUUCAACGAACCUCUACAUGCUGAAGAGGAAAUGAUGGGUAUCUGGGCCCCUGAUGUCCAUCGCAUUUCGGUCCCUAGUGCCUUGAUCAAUCUGGCGGUCGCCUUUACUGGCUUGGGUGUCAUCCUAGUCUCAGCUGCUUACAUGGCUCCUUCUUCACCAGUCGUUCCUCGGACCUUCCCGUUCGAUGGGUUGACUAGAGAACUUGGUGGGCCUGGUCAAGGUGUCAAGACAGCCUCAUCCUCGGAGGAAUCCGAUUGAUUCACAUCCGCUGUACAACCUCAAUUAAUCUUACUUCAACAUUGUAAAGAGUCGUUUCGACUUGAUCCCUCUCUUACUCUCUCUCUGCUGAUAUCUGAAUCGAUUUUUUUUAUCAUCAUGAAAUGACCGUCGCUUUCGCGUGUCAUCCUCCAUGCGCGAUGAGAAGAAUAAGCAGCCAUACUGUGGUAUUGGUGGGAUGUUUAGUUGAAGUGCUUAUGGACGUAAAUGAUUGACUGGGUUUGAUCAAAGGUCUGGUCAAAAGAUUUAACACUUCACUCAAAGCUUUCAUCUCAAUCACACUCCCGCAUGGUGCAUGUGUCGAUUUGCGGGCGGUACACUAUUGGGGCAAGAUGAAUGACAUCUCUUGACCGUUUAUUUGAUCUUACUGUCUCAAACUCCAGUUGAAUAUAAGCUGCAGUUGAAGCGGUUCAUUCUCCUUACCCACAAGGAUCCGUGACUGCACACACCGCCGGGUGGUGUGUCUGACUUGAUAUUAACCCCAGCGGAGGCGAAUGUCGGAAGAAAUUGAUCUCCAUCAUGAAGAUAAU